AUGCAGGCGACCCCAAAUUCCUAUGCCGAGCAGCGCGACAGUUCCACUGCAAGCAAUUCCGGUCCUCCGCCCAAGAAGAAGAAAUCACGCCGCGCCACCGACUCCUCCAACCAGAAGCGAAAAUGCAUCAGCACAGCCUGCAUAGCCUGUCGGAAGCGCAAGUCCAAGUGCGACGGCGCUGUCCCAAGCUGCGCUGCUUGCGCCAGCGUCUACGGCACCGAGUGCAUCUAUGACCCCAACUCCGAUCACCGUCGGAAAGGCGUCUACCGCGAAAAGACGGAUGGCAUGAAAGCCGACGACGCCACCCUCAAGAUCCUUGUUGAAGCCGUUCUGAACGCCAGCGAGGACGAUGUCGACGAGGUAGUUCGCAGAAUACGCAACUGUGACAGCCUUGACAACCUAGCCCAACAAUUACUCAACGAUGGCCCAAAUUUCGGCGGAUCGAGUGCCGAGCACAGCAGCGACGAAAACUGGCCAAGCCAGGUUGACGGAGAGCGAGAUCUAGCCGGUAAGAUGGGCGAAUUGCGCCUGGAGAACGGCACAGUACGGUUCAUCGGUGGCACCUCUCAUCUCAUUUACCUCGGUGGUGCAUCCUUUGGGCACGACACUGAACCCAACACAGAGAGCAGCUUCUCUCCUGUAAACCCCUUUACCAGUUGGACCGAGGUCACCAGCGAUGUCGGCCUAAUUACGCAUCUUCUUAACAUGUACUUUACCUAUCACUAUCCCUACUUUACUACUCUUUCACGCAAACUGUUUUGGCGAGACUUUUCCAAGGGCCGAGGCGCCAUCGGCCAAAACUCUUCUCAUUGCUCCUCGCUACUUGUCAAUUCGAUGUUGGCUUUGGGCUGCCACUUUACGGAUGUCGCCGGCGCCUACAGUAAUCCCGGUGACACAAGAACAAAGGGUGAUCACUUUUUUGCGGAGGCAAAGCGUCUCAUUAUGGAGGGUGACGAGUUUGAGCGACCCCGCCUCGUCACUGUUCAGGCACUGGCCCUCAUGUCAGUGCGCGAGGCAGGUUGUGCGCGUGAAGCCACAGGCUGGGUCUAUAGCGGCAUGAGCUUUAGAAUGGCUCAGGAUAUUGGCCUGAACCUUGAGAUUAGCGCCAACGACAAAAAGGUCAUGACCGACGAAGAAAUUGAUGCCCGCCGAAUCACCUUUUGGGGCUGCUUCAACUUUGACAAGUGCUGGUCCAAUUAUCUUGGCCGCCUGCCGCAAAUACCCAAGUCUACGUUGACCGUCGCCAAAUUUGACGUCUUUCCCGACGAGGACGCUUCACCAUGGAUGCCACUCACCGACAAGGGGUUUGACGAAUCGGCUCAACAGCCUUCGAGGACACGUGCCGCUGCUCUCCAUCUUUCCAGCCUCUGCGAAAUUAGCAGUGAUCUCCUACUGUUCUUCUAUCACCCGAAUCACAUGCAUCGGUCAACGGGCAAGACAGUGGAGCUGAAGAAGCUCAGUGAACUGCAUAAGCGGCUGGAGGAGUGGCGCAAGAACCUGCCGAAGGAGUUUGAAGCAGGGGAUGGACAACUUCCAAAUGUAAUCCUCAUGCAUAUGUUUUUCCACCUGCAGUUCAUUCACCUUUUUAGACCCUUUCUCAAGUACGCGCCCAAUGCUUCGCCACUGCCGUCACACAUAUCUCCCAGGAGAAUAUGCACCUCGAACGCUGGUGCCAUUUCCAAGCUUAUGCGACUCUACAAGAAGAACUGGAAUCUGCGGCAAGUGUGCAAUAUUGCCGUAUACAUGACACACAGUGCCUGCACGAUACACUUGCUCAACCUCCCGGAGAAGACUGCGAAGCGGGACUUUACCCAUGGCGUCAAGCACCUCGAAGAAAUUUCCGAGGACUGGCUGUGUGCCCGACGCACUCUCAGCAUCCUGAGUGUGCUGGCUAGAAAGUGGAACUGUGUUCUACCAGAAGAAGCUGCACAAAUUCUGCAGCGGGCCGACGAGCUGUACGGAUACUACAGCACCUCCGAAGUCCCGUCGCCCAAGUCGAGCGCUGGCCUGUCGCCGCAGGCCCCUGUGGAUGACGGCGCUGCUGCACACGCGAAUUUUCAGCCGUCACACUUCAAGCCGCAUCACAGCCCCGGCAGAGUGCAGUUUGCUCAGUCGGCCAUGGCACAGGCUGCUGGACCUCAGGCUUCUAUCAGCGCGAGGCUCGACAUGAACAGCAACAUACCAAUGACGCCCCAACGACAAGGCCAGCCCCAACGAGACGUAGGAGCCAAGACACAGCAUAUCAACUACGCGCCGGCGACGUUGGACAGCUGGGGGCAGCCUAUCAUGGCGCCCUCACCCACAGCGGGCGUGUAUCCGACCGCCACCUCUGCAGGCCCGGGCUCGAGCCCAAACCCGGAAGCCAUCCAGGACUUUUCCGGAUCUCGUAUCGCAGCAGCUGGCGGCGUGGCCACUACCGGGCAGGGUGCUGGCUUGAACAAUAACCAAUGGAUCCUCAACGACAGCGCAAAGUGGCAACACAAUUUCAAUGGUUGGGAUCUGGGCCAGCCACUUCCCGGCGCUAUGCAGUUUGCUUUCCCACCACAGACGUCCAUGCCGCUAAGCACGAACCCCUCCGCUGUCGCAGCGGCGACGGCGGCUGUCAACAUGCAGAGUAUGGGUCAUCACCAACCAUCCGGUCUAGAAACGUUUGAUACGUCCAUGCACGAUUCCAGGUGGUUGCCGAACCUUGAAUAA